UAAUCAAACCUGCACUGUCGAUCUGCAGGUUUUCUGGGUACUCGGAAGUGCCGUGCUCGAUAGAUUGAUAGGAAAUGCCUGCCAUUUGAUUUCCCGCGAAACAGGCGCAGUUCCUCGCGCCCUAGGACCCGGAGUCGUUGGAUGUGCUGCGGUUUUAUUGCUAACGGAUUUUUGGACACAAUGGGAAUACACGGACUUGCCAAGCUGAUUGCUGACCAGGCCCCUGGGGCCAUUAAGGAGCAAGACAUCAAGAACUACUUUGGCAGGAAAAUUGCGAUCGAUGCCUCGAUGUGCAUCUACCAGUUUCUGAUUGCUGUGCGACAGGAUGGUAACGUUCUGCAGAAUGAAGAUGGAGAGACAACAAGCCACCUGAUGGGAAUGUUCUACCGCACCAUCCGCAUGUUGGAACAUGGAAUCAAACCUGUUUACGUCUUUGACGGCAAGCCCCCGCAGCUCAAGUCAGCAGAGCUUGAGAAGAGAGGGGAGAGGAGAGCUGAAGCUGAGAAGAUGCUUGCCCAGGCCCAAGAAAUUGGAGAACAAGAGAAUAUUGACAAAUUCACAAAGCGUCUGGUUAAAGUCACCAAGCAGCAUAAUGAUGAGUGUAAGAAGCUGCUGACUCUGAUGGGAGUGCCCUUCAUUGAGGCUCCGUGUGAGGCUGAGGCCAGCUGUGCUGCUCUGGUUAAAGCAGGGAAAGUGUUUGCCACAGCGACAGAGGAUAUGGACGGGCUGACCUUUGGGACAAACAUCCUGCUCAGACAUCUCACGGCCAGUGAAGCAAAGAAACUUCCUAUUCAAGAGUUCCACUUCAGUCGCAUCCUGCAGGACGUCGGCCUGACCAAUGAACAGUUCAUAGACCUGUGUAUUCUGCUGGGCUGUGACUACUGCGGCACCAUCAAGGGGAUCGGCCCAAAGAGAGCCAUCGACCUCAUCAAACAGCACGGCAGCAUCGAGGAGAUUCUAGAAAACAUUGACCCCAGUAAGCACCCUGCUCCAGAGGACUGGCUCUACAAAGAAGCCAGGGGUCUGUUUUUGAGCCCUGAAGUGGUGGAUUGUUCCACAGUGGAGCUGAAGUGGAGGGAGCCGGACGAGGAAGGACUGAUCCAGUUCAUGUGUGAUGAGAAACAGUUCAGUGAGGACAGAAUCCGUAAUGGCUGUAAGAAGAUUGUGAAGAGCAGACAGGGCAGCACGCAGGGACGUCUGGACUCGUUCUUCAGCGUCACCGGAUCUCUGUCAUCCAAGAGGAAGGAACCCGAGGUCAAAGGAUCGGCAAAGAAAAAGCAGAAAACUGGAGCCACACCAGGCAAAUUUAAGAAGGCCAAAUAGACUGAAAAUAGCACCAUCGCUCAGUUUGAGUCACUCGUCUUCUGACGAGUGACGUUUUGAGUUGAGACAACAGGAAACUGUAACAGUUUUUGUGUAACUUUGUGUUGCAUAAUGAAAUGAAACUCAAGCUAGUUGUGUUUUAAUGAGUAUUGAAUAAUUUUAUUUCAAGUAUAUUUGAAAUAAAAAUGGUGUUUUUUUGCGGAGGACCUCGUUUGUUGCCUCUUUACAGUAAAGUAGUCCUGAGCAGUCGUUCUCCAGGAUUUCUGAAGGUCUCGCAAAGUUUUUCUGCUUCUUCAUUCAUUUUCAGUGCAGUCCAUUUUCAGAGGAGUGGGUUUUUGAUAAGCCUCCUAACACUGACCUUUGAACCAUUCAAGCAUAAAAAAGCACAUCAGUGAUGAACCAGUGUUGUCUAUACAUAAUACACAACUUGGCAAAUAACCGAUUUUAAAUUAUCUGACAGGCAUAAAACGAUAUUUUUACACCAAGUUGAUUCUCAAGUAAUUAUAGUGCAAAAACGUAUUUUUGCAAUGUGUCCUAAAAAAUGUGAGGAAACCAGAAAAGUGGGGGACAAAAGAAGGAGUGGCAGGCCUAAAAUUAUCUACAGUAUCUGAACAGGAUUUUCUUCUGCUUCAAUAGGUCGUCAGAGUCUAACUGCCAAAUAGAUUAAUUGAAUUCUGUAUCUCAAUAAAUAAUGUUCCUGACUUUUCCUAAUGAUCUCUGCUUAUUGAACUGGAUUUAAAAACACUUUUGAAACCAUAUUUGUUUGGUAUGAUUUUGGCCACAGUUAGAAAAUGUUAACAAACUGAAAAUGUUAAAUGAAUUUAAAGUUUUGUUUGAGCACUGUCGUAAUGGUGUUAUGUAAAUGUUUUAUUAAUGCUUACCCUGCUAUAGAUAUAACUAGCAUUGAAAGGAGCUGUUUUUUGUUGUUUGUUUUGUUUUGCAGUGUGUGUGUGUGUGUGUGUGUGUGUGUGUGUGUGUGUGGUUCACAGUGCACUGUCAAAGUGUAAAGAUUUAGAGAGCUCAGGAAGGAAAGCUGCUGCAGCUAAUGUGAAACUAAACUAAGCUCACAUUUGCAACAUGAAGUUGAAGCCCUAGAUAAAAGUGGACUAGAUGUGAAGAUGCAUAAAUUCACAUAAAACAAACAGAAUGGUAAAAAGAGAACAGGAAACACACAUCUAAGGAGACCGUAGCGUGUGCUGCAGUUUCGGUUACCCCCACAGGGUUUAAUGGUUUGUUACUUCAAAUCCCGGAUAUGAAAAAGAUUUAUUUUGUGGCCGGCUGAGCCGCAGCGAGACGAAGCUUCUUGUACACAGUUUGCAGUUUUAUGUGGCAAAAUAAAUUUCACAGUAAAUGAACUCUGAUCAUUUUAAAUAUUAUGGGUGUGUUUUUAAAUUUCAGGACUUGUUACAGACGUGAAAAAUCAAACUGCCUUUUCUGACACGCGGACAAGCAACCAUUUGAUCAUUGAAUCAAUACUAAUUAAUAAGGUGGUACACAUGGAAAAAUGCUUCAAUUUUUUUUAUUUCAAAGCAUUUAUUCAACAAAAUGAUUCUGUGGGGGAAACUAUACCUUUGACAUCAGACGCUCUUGUUUCCUUUUGCAGUAAUAGGUGUUGCACAACUGUCCACUGGUCUCUAACAUCAGCUUCCUCAAAUUCCUGAAUGCUCUAAUGCAAAAUUCCUUCAUUUGUGUGUUUUCAUGCAUUGAUUUCAAAUGCUGUUAUGAAAACUGGGGACUUCUUUUAGUGUGAAAAAUUGGACAGGAAGCCAGGCCUGGUAAACAUACAGUGAUGACAACAAUGAGACUUCAUGCGUAUAUACAAAGAUGCUGUCAAAUUGAACAGUUUUAUUCAUUUGGCCGAGCAGACCAAUGACAGUGGGUUGACAGUAAGGGUACAGCUCUGCUCUGGUUCACUUCGUAUCUCUCUGUAUCUGUUGGUCAGUUUUCUUCACCCUGUGCUUCUGUUUCCUGUGGUGUCCCUCAGGGGUCCAUCUUGGAACCACUCCUAUUCUGUUUGUAUCUGCUUUCUCUUAGUAAUAUUAUCAACAGAUGUAACAUCUUUCAUUUCUGUGCUGGAAAAUGGGGAUUUCUUUCUUAGUUUGCUGAUAACUUUUAAAAAUAAACAAGUGCAAACUGCACUCAGUUAAAAUGUAUCAUUAAAGAAACAUUUGUAUGUUAGUAUCCUAGUUUUUAAAAAUAAAUUACAGUUGUUGUUCCAAA